AUUAGCACAAUCCUUACUUGAUGGAAAAUGCUUGUACACUACACCAUUGAUAGCUUCGCUUCUAUAAUCCUUAUUCGAUAGCUUCACUUCUAUAGUAAACCAGUCUCUCUGUCUUUUCUUCCAUGGCCUCUCCCUCAGUUCCGAACUUCACUUUUUCUACGACUACUCGUUCAAAUUCAGUUCCAUCUACUUUUCCCAAAAGCCCUCACCACUUGCCGCUAAAACCCACCUCAAAGAGGACCAGCUUUUUGGCCUUGUGCGGCACUUUUGAAGCCGCCUCUCGGGGCUUACCCAUGGACCAAUUCUUUGCACAAGACGGUGGAACUACUAAUAGAAGAGGAGAACAAGGAAACCGGAAAUUGGACGCUGCCCAUUACGAAGCUCUGCUCAGAGGUGGUGAACAGGUCACGUCUGUUCUUGAAGAAAUGGUCAAGCUCUUAGAAGAUAUGAACAUGGAUGAAGCAUCCGAAGAGGUGGCUGUACAGUUGGCUGCACAGGGAGUGAUUGGGAAGAGAGUUGAUCAGAUGGAAUCAGGGUUUAUGAUGGCUCUUGAUUACAUGAUUCAAAUUGCUGAAAAGGACCAGGAUGAUAAGAGGAAGUCCCUCUUGGAGAUGAUUAAGGAGACCGUGUUAUCCCAUCUCACUAAAGAAUGUCCCCCUCACGUUCAAGUGAUUGGCCUUCUCUGUAGAACUCCCCAAAAAGAAAGCAGGCACGAAUUACUCAGACGAGUAGCUGCUGGUGGUGGUGUAUUUCAAAGCGAGAAUAAUACAAAAGUUCAUCUUCCAGGGGCCAAUUUGAAUGAUAUAGCUAACCAGGCUGAUGAUCUUCUGGAGACAAUGGAAUCUCGUCCUGUUGUUCCCGAUCGAAAGCUGCUUGCAAGGCUGGUGUUGAUCAGAGAAGAAGCCAGGAAUAUGAUGGGAGGUGGAAUACUAGAUGAAAGAAAUGAUCGUGGUCUGAAUAUUCUUCCUGAAUCAGAGGUCAACUUUUUAACUAAACUUGUUGCUCUAAGACCAGGGAGAACUGUUCGUGAGAUGAUAAAAAGUGUAAUGCAAGGAAAAGAUGAAGGUGCUGACAGUUCUGAAGGUGAUGAAAGUAUCAUAGGUGAAAAGACAAGUGGAAUUGCAGGAAAGGCAAGUGUUACUGGUUGUAAAGCAUUACCUGUACGCCCUGGCAUGUUUCUUGAGACUGUUUCCAAGGUAUUAGGUGGCAUAUAUGCAGGAAACGUUUCUGGAAUUACCGCACAGCAUCUAGAAUGGGUUCAUCAGAAUACACUUCAAAUUCUUGAAGAAAUUGCAUUCUAGUUCUCACAGGACACGUGUCUCGCACCAUUUUUGUAAGUUGAGUGACAAUAUUUUGGAUUUUCUGUAAAGCAACAGCGUGUAAAUUUUCACAGUUGGAUGCUUUUCUGGUUGUAAUGUUGUCAUAGUUUAUAAAAUAAAGAAAAUGCACUUAUAAAGUGCAUUCGCAUGAUUUCGCUCUGGACGACUCAAGAUGUACCCCCAUGAAACCGUCUUAAGUAGAACUGGAUGAUGAAAAUGACAAAAUGUCCUUGCUUUCGGUUUUCAGAAGGUAAAAGUAAUAAACAAAUAU